AUGGCUUCAGUACCUGCAGAGCAAAUAGGCAAGGCUUCCCUUGAGAAAGACACCCCUGCUCAACUCGAGGAGGGCGGAUCGUCGAAGGAGUCCAUCAACAAUGAUGUCGACGAAGAAUUCUCCCCGGAGGAGCAGCGCAGGAUCGUUGGUCGAAUUGACCGACGUCUAAUCGUCACCUGUGGCCUGAUGUACUGCAUAUCUUUAAUGGAUCGCACGAAUUUAAGCGCGGCCGCCAUCGCUGGCAUGAUCACAGAGUUGAAUCUAAUUGAUUUUCGCUAUUCAACUAUAGCACUAGUCUUCUUCGCCACCUAUGUAUUGUGCCAACCUCCAGCAACGGUCCUGUGCCGAAAACUUGGACCACGUCCAUUCCUGGCUUCGAUUACAUUCGCUUGGGGAGUGGUCAUGAUUGGAUUUGGAUUCCCCAAGUCUUGGACACCAAUGAUCGGACUGAGGCUGAUUUUGGGAGUUUUCGAGGCCGGUUUCUUUCCAGGCUGUGUUUAUCUGAUUUCGACGUGGUAUUCCAGAUACGAUUUGCAGAAGCGAUAUUCGGUAUUUUAUUUAAUCGGCUGCUUGGCCUCUGCUUGCUCAGGCAUUCUGGCCUUUGGGCUUAUGCAAAUGGACGGCGUCGCCGGGUAUACGGGCUGGAGGUGGAUCUUCAUUAUGGAGGGCAUCCUGACCUGUGUGAUUGGCUUUGUGGGAUAUUUCUUCCUGGUCGAUUUUCCCGAUCGUGCUGCUCAAACGGCCUGGCAUUUCUUGAAUGAGCGAGAAUGCAAUUUUAUCAUUCGCCGCAUUGCCAAGGAUCGCGACGACGCACAGGUUGAGCCUUUCAGUCUGAAGAAAUGGGCUGCGUCGGGCCUAGAUUUCAAGGUCUGGGGCUUCGCCAUGAUUUUCUUCUGUCUCACAACAGUCACUUAUGCGAUCGCCUACUUUCUCCCUAUCAUCUUGCGGGAGAACAUGGGAUACUCCGUCGGCGCCUCCCAGUGUUUGGUAGCGCCUCCUUACGCUUUUGCCGGCAUCUUGAUGUAUUGCACCUCAUGGGCCGGAGACAAGUGGCGCAUGAGAGGGCCAGUGUUGGUCUUCAAUGCCGUGAUUUGCCUCAUUGGUUUGCCGGUCAUGGGAUUUGCAACUAGCCCGGGUGUCCGAUACUUUGGAGUCUUUCUGACUACCGCUGGCGCCAAUGCCAACAUUCCCGCUUCGAUGGCUUAUCAAGCAAACAAUAUCCGUGGCCAAUGGAAACGUGCCUUCUGUUCCGCACUGCUCGUGGGUUUCGGAGGAAUCGGUGGAAUAAGUGGUUCGUUGGUUUUCAGAUCGCAGGAUGCACCUGAAUACCGACCUGGUAUCUACGCCGCCAUUGCAUGCAAUGUGCUCAUCAUUGUCAUUGUGGCUAUUUGGUCUAUUUACUUCCGAAUCUGCAACAGAAAAGCCAAUAGAGGAGAGAUGGUCAUUGAAGGCCUUCAUGGAUUCAGAUACACUAUUUGA